GGAGGCUGUGACUGCGUCUUCGGCUGCUAGCCUUCGUAUCCAGCAGAAUGGCUCUGGAGACAGUGCCGAAGGACCUGCGGCAUCUGCGGGCUUGUUUGCUGUGUUCGCUAGUCAAGACUAUAGACCAGUUUGAAUAUGAUGGUUGUGAUAACUGCGAUGCAUACCUACAAAUGAAAGGUAACAGAGAGAUGGUAUAUGACUGCACCAGCUCUUCCUUUGAUGGAAUCAUUGCAAUGAUGAGUCCAGAGGAUAGCUGGGUCUCCAAAUGGCAGCGAGUCAGUAACUUUAAGCCAGGUGUGUACGCUGUGUCAGUAACUGGUCGCCUGCCUCAAGGAAUCGUGCGGGAGCUCAAAAGUCGAGGAGUGGCCUACAAAUCCAGAGACACAGCUAUAAAGACUUAACAAGAUACAGGACUGCCAGUGUCUUCGCUCUUCACUUUUCUACCUCUGCUAAUUUUUUUUCUUGUGGAACUAAACAAGCAGAACUUCAAAUAAUCCCUGCCCUCCAACUCUUAAGAGGCAGCAGACUUGGGAGAACAGCGCAUUGUUUUCAUUUUUUUAGAACAACACAUUGUGUCCCUGGGCCAUUUCACCUUCUUUGGACUACUGGUGGAAGUGGGAGGGCUUGGGUUGGUAGAGUCUCAGGAACUAAAUUGAGGAAAGAGUAAGAUGCUGGUUUUUCUACCCAUAGAAGAGCUGUGCCCCAGGACUCUGGGUCACAUGCUAAUAACAUGAACCCCUAGAAAAUUCUUAACCAUAACACAUGCCGUUCCUUCCUCUCCCUUUUUCUUAGCUAGGCCCAGUAAGGGCUCACUUGCUCUGUAAGCACUAUGCCAGCACAGCAGAGGCCUUUCUGUGCUCUGUAGCCUGUAUGAAGCCAGGGAUGCUUUCCAAAUGAGGGUGCUUUCUUGGGUCUCAUUGAAAGAUCUGCAGUCCUGAGGCAAGGUUGCCCCUCAGUGUGAUGAUAGUCCACUGUCUACUGGUUGUAGCCUUCUGUCUUCUGGACUUAGUAUAGCAGUCUCCCUUGAAGAUAACCUGAGGUUUUUUAGUGCCCUUUGCUACUUGACCCUGUUUAGUACAGUAUUUCCUUCGUUGUAUUUUCUUUUUACUGCUCUUCAUACACUUGGCCAAUCUUGCCCACCUUUUACAUUUGCCUAACUGGUCUUGUUUCGGAUUGUUUGUGCUUCCAUAGGAAGUGGGCUGUUAGUUUUCCUCUGGCAUAGUAGGGGACCUUGGGUAAUGUCACAUUGGCCAAAGUAAGCUGUUUUAGGAUAAAAAAUUUAUCAUAAAUUCUCAUAUACUUAAAUUUG